AUGCUCCGUCUGCAGAGGGUCGAAGGGAAUUGCUAUGAUCCAUCUCUACAACCAGAAAAAAUUUUGCUAAAACCGACUGUCACUCGUCUCGGACGCAGUAAUGAAUAUUCAGAUGUUGUUAUUGACAGUGUGAUAUCUCCUUUAAUGAUCAGUCGUGUUCACGCUGAAAUUUAUUUCAACAAUGGAAAAUUCAGAAUUGAUUGUAAAGGACUGAACGGGCUGCUAGUCAACAAAACAAAGCGCAGCUCUGCCGUCCUAUGCGAUGGUGAUGUUGUUGUCUUUGGAGGUGCUGGCGUUAAAACGAAAGAAGGACAGAGUUUGUCAGCUUACGAUUCGGAGCUUGUGUAUGUUUUUAAUGAGGUCUGCCAGAAUGAUUCUGAAGAAGUGGGCUCCCUUGGGGAAGGAACAAGCGAUGGAAGCGUGCGAAGGCGAAGUAAACGGAAAAAGCCCGCAUCACUAAGUGAAGGAGUGAGCUCUCCAUGUGAAAAGAAGACUAAAGGCAGCAUGGACAAUAAGCAGGUUUUUGAAGUUGAUCAAAAAGCUGAUCCACAAGAAGAAGUAAACAUCAGUGAAGUAGAUGAAAGCAGAUCAAAGAAGUGCUUGAAAGAUUUAAAUGAGGAGCUACUUUGUUGUAUCUGUCGUGAACUGAUAGUAUUGGCACACACUUUGCCUUGCUCACACACUUUCUGUUUUGGUUGUAUCAGGGACUGGCUUUGUCAUUCAAAAGACUGUAGAGCAAAGGCUCAACUCAAGUCUGCUGUACCAGUGAAGGUGCUAGACAAUACAAUAAACAAAGUAGCAGAAGAAGUUCUUUCUCCAGAGGAACUUGAAGAAAGGCAGCUAAAAAUUCAGAAGAUGAGCAAAGAAGCCAAAAAGGAAAAUGGGAAGAAAGUUGUGCCUGUUUCAUCAACCAGUGAUAGUGAAAGUGAAGAUGAUGAAAGUGAAUCUGUGCAAGAAAGUAAUGACAGUGACGAUUACUCAGAAGAGGAGUCUGAUGACAACGAUUAUUCUUAUGGUGUGGAGCAUGCCCGCAGUGGUCGUGCACUGUGCAGAACUUGCGGUAGUCUCAUUGCAAACAGGUCUCUAAGAUGGGUUGUGGCGUUCAACACCCGACAUGGAUAUCGUCAGUACAGGCAGAAGUAUUAUCACCAUUUAGAGUGUUAUUUACCUCCUGACCAUGUGACAUUUGAGAGGCUUUCUAUAUCAAGUGACCUUUCAAGAGCUGACAGGAGACUGGUGACGGCGAGACUGAGAGAAAGAUGA